AGUUGUGUUGGUAUCGGUUAUUCUUGACAACGUGGUGGGCACCUAUUUUUCCGCACGAAAGUAAACUCGACGGUGCUAUUGUACAAUUCUCUGAUCAAUAAUAGGUAACAGUUUUAUUGAAAAGCAGAGAAAAUGGUUUUGUAAUGUAAAAUGCCGGACAGCAAAAAUCCUCCUUUUUCAAAAUUACUGUCAGACGAAAAUGACGACAACGAUUCCGCUUUCAAAGUCCUUAAUCAGGACGAUCUUCCUAUAUCCGUUACCGGUGAAGCUAUUUUUAAACCAUUCGGUACGGAAAGCCAAAAACAAAAACCUAAUGUUUUCGUUCUACCCAUGCCGCGUUUGGACUCGAUCGGUUUUCAAAAAGAUCCGAAAACAACUGAAUAUCACUACAACAACUUUAUGAGCGGCAAGGAAAUCGAUACAAACUUCACGAAAAUGUUGAACGCAAAACUUCGAAAACUUCAGAAGCAAACCCAGAAAGCCCCGAGGAGAUCACCCCGUCAGGAGAAAAUCGGAGAGAAACCUAAAAAGCCGUUUAUUACAGUUGUUAAAAAAGGAGACUUCUUAGAUCCACCGCCCGAAAUUGCUACAUUACUCGGCCUGCCCGUUGAUAGUAACGCAUUCGACAAAAAGGAAGAAAAACAGAUUUACAGAUACGCUAGUAAGCCAAAAAUUUUAGAAAAAACACCUUAUUAUAAAGCUGAACAUAUGCACAAGUUUGAGGCGACAGCAAAAGCCGCUAUGAUGAUCACUUCUUCUGUCGUUGGUAUUCGUACUAAUAACAACGAUUCACAACGCAUAAAACGAGAUGUUAACAGCAACUUUCAAACUAAUGACGAUGCCCAAGUUCCUUAUGCAAACCUUAUGUUCGAAAGAAGAGUACAUAGGGGAAGCACAUAUGCUCCCCAACCAACGCAAACAGGAGAAGGAGAAUCGGCUGCAGCAAGAGCCGCUGAAGCUCGAAGAAGGGCUCUUGCGAGAAGGAAAGCCCAAAAGCAGCAAUUCCGUAGCGCAGAGCUACGUCUUGGAUCACCUCCACCCGUACCAGGAAGAAGGCAUGAACCUGUACAAACUGAUAAGUUUUUGGAAGAACUUUGGAACAAUCCUCCCAUGGUAGAUACUUGUACUCAAACGGAUCUAUUCCUGGAUCGACCCAUUUCACCCGUAUACGUACCAGCUAAAACUGGAGCUGACGUAGAAACCCAGAUUUACCCAGGAGACUUAUUCGACUUUGAUUUGGAAGUGCAACCGAUUCUAGAAGUGCUAGUUGGUAAAACAAUUGAGCAAUCGCUGAUUGAAGUAUUGGAAGAGGAAGAACUAGCACAUUUAAGGGAACAGCAGCGUAGAUUUUUGGAACUGAGAGCAGUAGAGACAGCUGAAGCCCAAAGACUAGCCGAAGAAGAUAUGCGUCUUAGAGAUGAGAAAGACAGAAGGUUGAGAGACCACAACGAGGGCUUACGUAUUCAGAAAGAAAUGGAAGAAAGAAUAGCCGCAUCAGUUUUGAUGCAAGGAUACAUGGUCGAUCUCCUACCUGACGUCCUGGAAGGACUUGAAAAUGAAGGAUUCCUAACAGAUAAAAUAAAAACGGAUGUCACCGAUUCAUUCAUUCCAUGGUUAAUGAAGGAAGUUACCCAAGAAUUAAACGAAAUGGUGUCCAGUAGAGACGUUCUUUGCGAUUUGAUCAAAGAGAUCUUGGAGAAUAGAGCAGAUAUGUACAUGGCUCUCUAUGCAGAGCAUCCAUUCCCUGAACCUGAAGAGGAGGGAGGAGUGUUAGACGAAGAUAUAUAUUUGAAAGAACAUCUCAAGCUUCAAUCAGAAAUUCAAGCAGCAUUUCCUCCAGAACCACAAGGACCACCGCAAUAAAUAAUCAAUAAAAUUAUUGCUUAAUCUUCAAACAUGCAUUUUUGUCACUUUUACCAAAAAAAAAAAAAAUAAAGGAAAAAUUG